AUGAUACUAGUUCAGUACAGUUGCGACCUUGGACACAUAGUUGCUGUGUACGUAUCUUUGUUGUCUAAGGGUUACAGCCUAGCAGAUGCCGAAGGAAUUCGAAAUCAAGUGGAAGAACUUGAGAGGAAAGAUCGCAUAGCCUCUUCUAUAGCAAAAAUCAUUUAUUCAUUAGAGUCUGUUAACUUCGAGGAUGCUGCAGAAAAAUACGUGGGCUAUACUCCUCUUUCGCGCAACCCUCAACAAUAUCUAUGUCUUCUCGAUUCAAAAUCCGAUGAUGACUUUGAUGGCUCAUGA